CGUUUCUGGGUGUGGAAAUUCUCAACAUCAACAAAAAGAGAAAGGAAUGAGAAACUAGAGAUUAAAAGGAACAAACAGAAUAGUUUGGGACGUGAGAAUAUGUCGAUGUAACUAACAUAACAGUGGAAGGAUUUCAGAUUUCUGUAACAAUCCAGUCUAGACAUGGAAGCCGUUAAACUUAUGAGGGAGCUGAAAACCAAUUUUGAACAGGAGAUGUAUUAUCUUCCGAAAGAAACGGGACUCCACCUGAUCGAAUCAACCAGAGAGAAUGCCAGCCAAGGAAUCUCAGCUAAAUGUAGGGACGUCAAAGUGGAAGACCUCUGGAGCCUGACCAGUUUCUUUGGGUACAGCACCCAGACGUUCGUUCUGGCAGUCAACCUGCUGGAUAGAUUUCUGGCCAUGAUGAAGGUCCAACCCAAACAUUUAGCCUGCAUUAGCAUCAGCUGCCUCCACAUCGCAGCCAAAUCAGUCGAAGAAGAGUGCAACGUGUCUUCCACCAAUGAACUUAUUCGUAUCAGCCAGUGCAAGUUUACCGUCUCGGACCUCACUCGCAUGGAGAAGAUCAUUUCAGAGAAACUCAACUUCCAACUCGAAGCCAUCACAGCCUUAACCUUUUUGCACCUAUACCAUAGAAUCACACUCUCACACACCUCAGACAGUAAGGAGGCCCUGAACCUGAACACACUAGAGGCCCACCUCAAAGCCUGUCUCUGCCGCAUCACAUUCUCCAAAGCUAAACCGUCCGUCUUGGCCCUGUCACUCCUCACUCAAGAGAUUGAAGCCAUGCAGUCUGUUGACAUGCUAGAAAUAGCACAUAGUGUUCAGAGACAUCUCAAGAUCACUGACACUGAGCUGCUACACUGGAGGGGGCUAGUGGCCAAGUGUAUGUCCGACUACUCUUCCCCUGAAUGUAGCAGACCCAACAAUAAGAAGCUUGUCUGGAUCGUGUCGAGAAGGACAGCUCAGAACCUUCACACCAGCUCCUGCAGCAUCCCUGAACUGCCAACCAUUCCUGAGGACUGCUGGGACGAAAGCGAGGACUCGUGUGAAGACAUGAGUUCUGGGGAGGAGAGCCUGAGCAGUUCCCUGGGUUCUGAUGCAGAGGGUCCUUACUUCCCUCUUUACCUCCUCUGCCAAAGCAACCACCGAAACAAAUGCCACCAAACCAAACCCCUGUGAAGGAGCCACAGUGCCUGGGUUCCACCGUUUAUACUGUAGGGUUAUGUUCAUUAGUGAAACGUUUUGUAGCGUUAGACACAUUUAGCAAGUCACGUUUAACCUGUGACAGCACAUUUUGGUUCCUGGUGAAUACGACCCAGAAAAAAAACGAAGAAAAAAAAACUUUCCUAUAAAACAUAUUUAAUUUUGUUAGUUCAAUAGGGCUACCAGUGUGGCCUGUUACAAACCGAUCAAUAUACUGUAUCUAUCUUAUUUUAAGCUAAACAAAAAAUACAUUAUUGGGAAGACUUAAACAAUCCUGAAAGGCAGCAGAAUCCAUCAACUCAAAGAUAAAACGUUUUAAACUCUUUUUUUGUUGUAAUGUAGCGUUAGUGUUGGUGGUGCAUGUUUGGAUUUGUAACAUUUACAUUUAAGUCAUUUAGCAGACGCUCUUAUCCAGAGCGACUUACAAAUUGGAAAGUUCAUACAUAUUCAUCCUGGUCCCCCCGUGGGGAAUGAACCCACAACCCUGGCGUUGCAAGCGCCAUGCUCUACCAACUGAGCCACACGGGACCACUGUAACAUUCCAGCCACAUCAGACAGUCUACAUCUCAAACGGUAUCCUAUGUAGUGCACUACUUUGAACCAGAGCCGAAUGAGCCCUGGGUCAAAAGUAGUGCGCUAUAGAGAAUAAUAGUGUACCAUUUAGGAUGCACAGUAGAACACAGCCAAGGUACAAUAGACUUUUCUGGGGAGUUACAACAUGUACAUUACAUGUUAUCGUUGAGUUGUGUUCACUGCCCGGUGGUCCGGUUAACCCUCUACAAGGUUCAACUGUCAAAAGCCAACAUCUGUUUGCAUGUUAUUAUUCAGAAAAACAACGUGUGUGUAUGAUCUUGUUAACCUCUAAAUUUGCCAAUUAUUAUUUAUUUUUUUAGGUCGUAGGAUAACUUAUAUUUGGAUGGUAUGUAAGCUAGCUCUGUGGAAGAAAAAUGUAUGGAUGGAGUUUCUCAUAAUGUAAAUUUGUAUAAUGUAAAAAAAGAAAAAAAAGCUGUGAAUAGUAUCUUUGUAGAUAUUAACUUAUUUGUAAUUAUUUUGCCAAUGUUGUAUGACAACAAAAAAAAACUAUUUUGACAUCUGAA